AUUGCAAAGUCCAAUGCUCAUGUCAUUAUGAACACCCCGACACCCUAUGGCUUCAGCACUCUCCAGACUUCCCCGCUCAACGGUCAAGGUUACAACUUCCCCUGCCAAAGUGGAAGUCGUGCCAACGCUUUCGACGGUACUGGUGUUUCCAACCCCAUGAAGGUCGGCCAAGACAACGAUCUGAAGUUCACUGGUAGUGCAACCCACGGUGGCGGCUCCUGCCAGCUCAGUGUGACCUACGAUUACCCUCCCCCUGCCGACAAAUCUAAGUGGAAGGUCAUCCACAGUUACAUUGGUAGCUGUCCAGUCACCGCUCAGGGCAACAUUGCUCAAUUCCAGAUCCCUGAAGGCAUGAAGAACGGUAAUGCAACUCUUGCCUGGACUUGGUUUAACAAGAUCGGAAACCGUGAGAUGUACAUGAACUGUGCGCCUAUCUCAAUUUCUGGUGGUUCCGACGACGACACUUUCUACAACAACCUUCCUGAACUUUUCGUUGCCAACAUCCCAGGCCAAUGCAAGUUCGACGACGGAAGCUUCGUCGUUGGGUUCCCUGAUCCUGGCAAAUUUGUCACAUAUGGCGAAGCUGUCACUCCUGGAGACCACGGAUGCGUU